GUUCUUUGAUAUUUUCUUAAAUACGUUCCACAAAGUUAUGAGUGUUGCAAGUUGUAGUACAUUACUUAAGGCACUAACCAUUUGGCUUAUCUUGGUUUUGGGGAAUGUCGAUGAAUCUCAUGGCUCCAAAUUGGGUGUAAAACGCUCUAAAUUGGGCCACCGUGGCAAUAAAAAUAAAUCCCAUGGAUUUGGUUUGUAUGAAAGGCGAUCAAAAUUUGGUGGUCGAAAUAAAUCUGACGGUAUUGUUGAUACAUCAGAAGGUUAUGAGCAUACACGCAAUCGAUACCGAUACGGUGUGAUAAUUGAGUACCAGAGGAAGCCACAUGGUUCAGUUGGGUUGCGAAAGAGUAGUCGUGCAAAGCAUCGGUCGUAUACGUAUAAUCAACGAGAAAGGCGAGGAAGUAGUCCUUAUUAUAGUCCUUUGACAAGCUCUCCUCCGGCUCCAAACACGUACCCGUCAAUUUAUGGCACAAGUCCACCGUCACAGUCAACAAACAUUCCUAAUCCUCCAACCAAUUCUUACAGUGCUCCUUCAAAUCAUUUUAAUCCUCCUUCAAUUCCUUCUAGUCCUCCCCCUACUCCUUUUAUAAAUACCCCUUCCCCUUCAAUUAGCCCUAUUUCUCCUACAAAUCCUCCAGCAGAUAUCGAUCAUCAUACAAAUAAUCACUUCUCCCCUUCAAUAAGUCGACGUCCUACUCAAAUUCUUAACCCUCCAACACCUCAAAUAAACCCAUGGCCAUCUAGUAAUCCUUCAACUAGUGUUUUAUCCCCUUCACCAACUCAAUUUAUAAAUUCUUUUUCUCCUUCAUUAAGCCCGACUAGCUCUUCUUCUAAUACUCCCAUGUCUUCUGCUAAUCCUUCGACUACUAGUACUCCUAUUGAUCCUCCUACUCAUUCUUUCUCUCCUUCAAUGACUCCUUUUAAUUCUCCUCACCCUUCAAAUAUUCCUUCGCCUUCUCCUCUAACACCUACCACGGAUCCUUUAACACCUUCAAUAACUCCAUCUACUCCUCAUUUAAAUCCCUCUAACACUUCGAUAAGCCCUUUUAUGAAUGCUCCUUCUCCAUCAAUUAUUCCUUCUAUUCCUCCCAUUAAUACUCCCAUUAAUACUCCCACACACGCUCCAACUCUAUCAAUAAGUCCUCCUAUUACUCCCAUUAAUACUCCAACAAAUGCUCAUGUUCCAUCUAUAAGUCCUUUUAGUCCUCCCCUUAAUAGUCCGACAAAUGCUCUAACUCCAUCUAUCAGUCCUUCUAGUCCUCCCAUAAAUACUCCGCCCACUCCAUCAAUAAGUCCUUCUAAUCCUCCAACGAAUGCUCCCACUCCAUCAAUUAGUGCAUCUAAUCCUCCCAUCAAUGCUCCUUCUCCAUCUAUAAGUCCAUCUAUAAGUCCAUCUAUUCCUUCAAACACAAAUUCUUCCAAUCCAUCUAGACCUUUUGGUUUGCAAGUAGCCUUCUAUAAAGGUUUAUGUCCUAAUCAUAUUUUGGAUAUCGAGGCCACCAUUACAUCUCUAAUUCAACAACAUUUUCGCAAAGAUCCAACUCUUCUACCCGCCCUUCUUCGCAUGCAAUUUCAUGAUUGUUUCGUCCAUGGAUGCGAUGCAUCGAUUUUAAUUGAUGGACCUUCGAGUGAGAAAGUUGCUGGUCCAAAUUUAAGUGUUAGGGGGUACGAGUUUAUUGACGCUUUAAAGGAUGUAGUAGAAGAAGAAUGCCCAGGUGUCGUCUCUUGUGCUGACAUAAUCGCUAUUGCUACUAAAGAGCUUAUCAAGCUGGGUGGCGGGCCAGAAUAUUUUGUACUAACAGGGCGAAAAGAUGGGCUUAUCUCAGAAGCCCAGGAUGUGAGGUUUCCAAACCCAUUUGGGCCAGUCACACAAAGUAUUGUAGCCUUUGGUGAUAAAAACUUUACUCCAGAAGAAAUGGUAGCACUUUUUGGUGCACAUACUGUCGGAAUUUCACAAUGCAUUUUCUUCCAAGAUCGUUUGUACCAAGGAACAUUCGAAUUCGAUCCGAACAUGGAUCCAAACCUUCGUCGACAAUUAAUGCCUACUUGUCCUCAAGGCCCCAUAGCAAACAACUUCACCUUUCUUGAUCAAAAUCCACAAAGCUCAAACAUAUUUGACAACUCUUUCUAUGAUCAAAUUCUUAAGCGACGAGGAAUCCUAAAGAUAGACCAAGAACUAGCACGUGAUCCUCAAACUAGAGGAUUCGUUCUACAAUUUGCCCGAAAUCCUGCCUUAUUCAAUACUAAAUUUGUAAGUGCUAUGAUUAAAUUGCAAGCUCUAGACGUCCUCCUCGGUGAUGAAGGACAAAUUAGGAAAGUUUGUAGUAAAGUCAAUUAAGGGUCACAACUCACAACUAGUACUAGCUGAGAUAAAGUUUGUUUCCGGCUUGUAUUUUUACUAUUUGAGAAGUUAAUGAUCUAGACGACAUUCACAUUCAAGCAACUUAAGGUAGUUGGCCUAAAGUAAUUGUAUAUGCUUUAAUUGCGUGUAGUGUAAGUUUGCAUCUGACCGUCAGAUAUAUAAUAUAUUGUA